CUUCCAUCAACUUCAUAAAGAGCUAUUACAUUUUCCAAACUCAUAUCCAUUUCUCAUUCUUUUUCUUUCUGUAAACAAAAAGAGAGUGCGAGGGUGUGAACAGUGUUUGAUUCCACCCUCAAGAAUCAUACUAUUCAAAUCGAAAACUAAAGUUUUGUAAUGGCUUCAAGACCCAUUGUUCCUCAACAACAACAACCUAGAGGCGAUGCUGCUGUGGGGGGAGUGAAACAGCAGAAGAAGAACCUUGCAGCAGGCGAGGGAAGGAACCGUAGAGCAGCACUUCAUGAUAUUGGUAAUGUAGUCACGGCAGUAAGAGGUGUUGAAGUCAAGCCAAAUCGUCCCAUAACAAGGAAUUUCUGUGCACAACUACUUGCCAAUGCCCAAGCAGCUGCUGCUGAAAAUAACAAGAAACAGGUCUGUCCUCCUCCUGCUGCUGUCAAGGGAGUUCCAGUGGCUAGAAGAGUGGCAGUGGCCCCUAAACCUGUUCAGAAGAAAGUCACUGCAAAACCAAAGCCUGUUGAAGUGAUUGAUGUAAUAAGUUCUGAAGAAGAGAGCAGUAAAGAAAAGUCUGUGCUUAACAAAAAGGGAGGAGAGGUUAAUUCCAGGAAGAAAUCAUCACGCACUCUUACUUCUGUUCUAACAGCUAGAAGCAAGGCUGCAUGUGGUUUGACUAACAAACCUAAGGAGAUUGUUGACAUUGAUGCUGCUGAUGUUAACAAUGAACUUGCUGCUGUUGAGUAUCUUGAUGACAUUUACAAGUUCUACAAGUUAGUUGAGAAUGAGAGCCGUCCACAUGAUUACAUGGACUCACAACCUGAGAUUAACGACAAGAUGAGAGCUAUACUCAUUGACUGGCUAGUAGAUGUUCACACAAAAUUCGAACUUUCGCCAGAAGCCCUUUACCUCACAAUCAACAUAAUUGAUAGAUUCUUAGCUAUCAGCCUUGUGUCAAGAAGGGAACUUCAAUUGGUUGGCAUCAGUGCUAUGUUGAUGGCAUCAAAGUACGAAGAAAUCUGGCCACCUGAGGUUAAUGACUUUGUGUGCCUCUCAGAUAGAGCCUACACUCAUGAACAAAUACUCAUCAUGGAGAAAACCAUCCUAGGGAAGCUUGAAUGGACACUGACAGUGCCUACACCAUUUGUUUUCUUAGUCCGAUUCCUCAAGGCGGCUUCGGUGUCCUUACCUUCUUCUGAUCUCGCUUUAGAGAACAUGGCUCAUUUUCUUUCUGAGCUGGGAAUGAUGCAUUAUGCUACCUUGAUGUACAGCCCCUCAAUGAUGGCUGCAGCAGCAGUUUAUGCAGCAAGGUGCACAUUGAACAAAAGUCCUGUUUGGGAUGAAACAUUGACGAUGCACACUGGUUACUCAGAAGAAGAAUUGAUGGGUUGUGCUAGAUUGUUGGUGAGUUUUCACAGUGCUAGUGGGAGUGGAAAACUCAAGGGUGUCUAUAAGAAGUAUGCUGAUCCUCAGAAAGGCGCUGUUGCUGUUCUUCCACCGGCGAAAAACCUUGUGUCAUCUGCCGCAGUUGGUUCUUAAAUUUGUCAUUGAAAUAAACAAAGGAAGCUGCCUGAGUUUUUAGGUUUAUGUAGGGCUCUCAGCAAUAACCAUUUGUUAUUGUAAUUUUUUUCUUUCUUUUCAUUGUUUAGACCCUUUUCAGAUGUUAUGAAAUCAAACACUUUCAUAUAUAAAGCUUCCUCAUUUUCCUUA